AGGCAUAAUCGCUGAGUAUGUUUCGCGGUCAAGGCGGCGUCGUGGGCCUCUUGCGAUUUAGUUGUGCAGCUCCAAUGCGCUCUCCUGUCUGUGGUCUCACAUGGAUCAGACCCACAGCAACUUUGUCCAGUCAUGAACAAAGUCGCCUUUGCUUUGUAUCGGCUAGUCCUCAGCGGUAUUUGGCGUUCAAAACACACAUUCAUGCAGAUUUUGGUGGCCCGCACGCGAGGAUACGGCGGGCCGAUCGUCUAGAUGCUCUGGACGAUUUUUACGUCACAAGGAGAGCCCCUAAUCUUUCACUAGGCCUUUUUCACAUCAGUCAUCGCCUUGCAGGCUCCAAUACGCGGUUGGGCAGUGGCACUAGCUGUGGCGAAAGGAGCAGCAGCACCACCUGCAAUGGUCGUGAUAUUGAGAGCAAGGGCAAUUUAAGGAGCCAAGGCGAAGGGGGUGCCGCACCUGCUGGAAUGGGAACGGAAAGUUCCAGGCCUCAAGAAGAUGUCAAUAAAAUGGGAAAGCUGCGUUUGAUGGUUAAGCGAUAUGGAGCAGUCGCCGUGAUAACAUAUCUUGGCGUGUAUGUCGUGACACUUAGUGCACUCUUUGCAGCGGUAGAGUCAGGUCUUACCCCUUUCGACUACGGUUUGGACUCGAACUGGCUGGUGGAGAAAGCCACGCACCUCCUAGAGAAUUAUUCUUGGAGUGAGCCGCUUGUUGAAACCAUACAAACUAACCCGCAUGCGGGUAACUUUGCCGUAGCUUGGGUCCUUACGAAAUUUACUGAACCUCUACGCAUGAUUCUGACGAUUGCUGUGGUGCCUCGGAUAGCACGGGUUUUGGGAAGAGCUCCUUCAUAGGUACACUAGGAUCUUGUUCCAUCUGAAGGAAGCUAGAAGUGGAUUUCGAAGAAGGUCGCGGCCUUCAGCUCCGAAUAUUUCGACGGGGAGAUCCUGUAUUUUUGGUAACGGAAGCUUCGGAGGGCCAAUUUCUCCCGAAGUAUUUUAGAAACGAUUUGACUAAAGGAAGAGAACCUCUUACGUGUGUUA